AUGAAGGACCUUAUAUUACACGCCCAUCUGUGGUUUGCAGCACUCUGCCAGGUAUUGCCACCAAAUUACCAACUGGGUCUUCGGGAUGGUAAUGAGGUCGUUGGUACACCUGAAGUGCAGUGCACUGAAGACGCAAUUACCUUCUCUGUCCGAACUGCCGCUCCGUUCAGAGGAAACAUCUACGUGAAAGGACAUUAUGGAGUAGAUGUUUGCCGUCAGGAGUAUUACGGUAAUGACUUUGCCGGCGCUACAUUUGUCACCAGAAUUGGCGAUUGUGGAAUGCGACGCAUUCGACAGCUUCAACCCCAUGGUAUGAACUACGUGUUGACGUUUGUGACAAAUUUCCAUCCGCAUUUCAUGACAAAAGUCGAUCGAGCUUACAAUGUGCGUUGUUUCUAUGCUUAUAUCGACAAAGCCGUGAAUACAGAUAUGGAAGUCAGUAACCUUCCAUCCGAGUCACUCGAGCAACAAGCUAUGUUGAUGCCUGAAUGCGAGUAUUCGAUUCGAGAAGCAACACCAGACGGUCCAAGAAUUCGCACGUCCAUAAUCGGUGCGAGUCUCGUUCACCGAUGGGACUGCCGCACAAACGGACGUUUCGGAAUCUUGGUACGGAACUGUAACGCCAUCGACAAUUCCGGAUUGUCAAUACCGAUCAUAGAUGAUAGAGGAUGUCCCGAAGCAUUGCCUGUGCAGCUGCGUCCGGUAGUCUACGAUCCAUCCCUGUCAUCAGCUUACAUGGUCGUAGAAGCGUUCGUCUUUCCUGAUCGCAGUAAUGUUCAAUUCCAAUGUCAGGUGCAAAUCUGCGAUCGUCGUGACAACGAGUGUCUUGGCGUAACGUUUAUUCAACCACUUAUUGCUCUUUUAGCCACCGAACUGUCCGUUGAUGACUCGCAACGAGUUUCUUCCAACUUCCAUCAUUGA